UCCCUCCCGGGAACAUAAUUAUACUGCUCUGCCCUGCCCCCAAUUCCACAACCGCUGCAAUGGAAGAAUUUGGCGGCGACACACCCUUCCGCCGCCACCACAAGCCGGCCGAGAGAUUCCUCGGGGUGCUGCAACCCCAAUCCCCCUCCUCCGCGCCGCCUAUUGAGCUCUCCGAGCACGAUAUCUUUAGCACUCCGUCGGGCUAUUCUUCGCCUCCUCCGCCAACUCAUCGGAAUCUCUAUUCCACCGCCUCUUCCCACCCUAACCACUACGGCAUCCUGUCGGCUCUCAACGGCACCAUCAAGAUCCGAUCCGGAUCCGAACACGACGUCCAACCCGUCUUUAACCACAAGGCCUCGAUUGCGCCCUCACUCUCCUCCUUCUCCUCGUCGGUAUCGUCUCGGAUGAUGAUUCCACGGGCGCCGCCGCCGCAAGUGGAUAGGGUGAGGGUUUACCAUCAAUCGGCGCCGGUGAACAUUCCGGUGAUGCCGGAGGCGUUGCGGAGGAGGUCGGAUGAGCUGGACGACGCCGUUUCUGAUGGAGAGGAGGAAGACGAUGAGAGAGUUAGAUUGCCGCCGCACGAAGUGGUGAAUUCUAGGGAUUCGCCGAUGCUUGCGUGCUCAGUGCUGGAGGGGACUGGACGGACUUUGAAAGGGAGGGAUCUCCGGCAGGAGAGGACCCGAAUCUUGGUUUUCGCUGCUCAAUUAGAAUCACACCUUGUUUCAUGAUGAGCAGAGUAGUGCUGGUGUGGUUAGAAAUGACCCUCUACUACUCUUACUCGAUUCAAGUGUUGAAUUCAAGACUUUACCAGUGUUUGAACUUUCACUAUUUCAGGUUGCAACAGAGCACAUAUUUAACUCUGUCUCUACUUUUUUCUACUCAACAUAGAUUUAGCUUUCAUUCUUUUCCUAAUUACUUUAAAGCUGUAAUAGUUAAAAGUUUGGUGAGUUUGGAAGCACUAAUUAGCAAGAUAGAAGUUUCAGCUAGAAAAACUGCCACUUCAAUUUAGUUUCCUAGGAUGAAGGCAACAUAUAUCUAAGAUGGUUGGCAUUUCCCAGCUGGAACUAGACAUCCUUUCUGGACCGACGUGGCAAUGAAAAUAUUUAAUUUACAAAAUCGAAUUUUGGUGCCGUGUUACUUGGCCUUCUGUUAUCUUUGAAGACAAGAAGAUGAAAUGAAUGGUGUCCUGGAAGAUGAAAUGGUGGCCAACUACCAAAGAAUUUAAUGCAAUGCUGGAUUUGAAGGAUCUCUGAUGAAAAAUUACUCUGAUAAAUCUAGGUUGUUGGAAAUCCCAUGGUCCAUCAUCUUACACAUUAUUUGUUUUACCAGAUAGUCACUUUAAUGCCAUUAGGUAGAUCUUCUGCAACCUAGUUUUGUAAACAAAUUUAAUCGAAUCGAGUGUUACAAAUUUGAUAGUCAGAAUUGUUAGCGAGCAUAAUUACUUCCAGACUGAAAGAAACCUUGAAAUUGUUAGUCUCACAAGCAUCUUUCUAAUCAAAAAAAUAUUAGAAUUUUUUGUGAA